AUGGUAAAUUGUGAAAUUGGUGAUACAUAUGGGGAUGGAUUUGGAGUAGAUUCUGCAGUAUUUAAGUUGGCUGAGCUAUGGCGUUGUGGUGUUGCGAGAAUUGGUGAGGAGGUUGAGACAGAUUUAAUUGAACUAUCGGAUCCUUGUGACUCGAGCGUUUGUGCUAAUGCUACUAAUGAUGGCGUCGCUUAUCCAGCCAACAACUAUCCGCAAGGAUUUUGCAUAUGCGUAAAUGGCGUGCCGGAAGUACAUGCUUGCCCAAGUGGUGCUGUAUUCGAUCCAACUACUGCGAUAUGCAUAUCUUCGACCACUCUGCAAUGCGAUAUAUCCAAAUGUGCUAAUGCAACCUCAGAAAACACAUAUCCCGUUGCAGCCAAUAAUGACUCGCACGGUUUUUGCUACUGUUUCUCAGCAACUGAAAUUGAGUUCUUCUCCUGCCCAGACGAUGCCUUGUUUGAUCCCGACCUCGGAAUUUGUGAUGUGAAUGGAGCGGUUACAUCUACACCAGAAUCUGAAGGCAAUUGUACUUGUCCAGGAGGUUACAAAGAAGGACAAUUAGUAGCAAACCCAACAAACUGCCGACUGUACUAUGUCUGCAGCUCAGGUCGGCUUCAAGAACACGAUUGUGGUGCAGGAAAUUCAUUCGAUCAAGUUAGUCUUUCUUGUCAGCCGGUGGACAAAAAACGGACGCACACAAUUGGACACAUGAUGCGCUCAAAAGUUCUUCCAGAGGAUGAUGUAAGAUCUUUUAAGAUUUUUAAAAAUUUCUUUAAAAAACUUACUCAAUCCUGAAUAUGUCAAGGCUUGUCUCUUUAAAACUUAUUUACUGCUUUAAAAUAUAUUGGGAAUCGGUACCUUUUGUUUAGAGCCAAUGCUACAUAAUUUAAUUUAAUAUACAUGCGUAUGUACGUAGAUUAGAAAAUCCGCUUGUUUGACAAU